UCUAUGAUAUGCGUGGGUAUAGUAAUUUGAGCAUGUUGAGUGGUAUUAUACACCAACAAUUAAACUUUUAUUAGAGUUUUCAUGGUAUUGACAUUUUUACAUAUAUUUUAUAUAUAUUUUCAAUAUCACUUGCUUUGAUAGGUGCCAUUUUUAGGUAAAUGAAGGCUUUUUCCAAAUUGAAACGGAUUUUGUGAUGCGUAAUAGUCGAUGUAAUGAUAUCAACAUGCAAAAUGGACAUAAAAAUAACUUCAUUUUCGAGGCUCUGUGAGACACCUUGUGUGCAAAUACUGUAAAACAGCCCUGAUACAUGUGGAAAUGAAUAGAUCUACACCGGUGAUGUACGUUGGUUAAAUUUUUCAUUUCAUUUGCAGGUCGUCGCCAUUAUGCCUGAUGGCCAUGUACGGGUGGGGUUAUUUCCGACACUAUCAGAAACAAUAGUGUGCCAGCUGGGCACUGUGGCUGAACUCCCCCGUACAGCAACAAAGUCUUGGAAAAGUGGGAAGAAGACCGCCUUUCGGGCAGCCAAGGCAGCCGCCGCAGCCUCCAAGGCAGCCGCCGCAGCCUCCAAGGAAUCCCCCGCAGCCUCCUCCUCCAAGGACUCGGCCAGGAAGAAACGAAAGGUGGCCAAUAGCCCUGAACUCGAACCCCCCGCAGCAUCCUCCUCCUCCGAGGACUCGGCAGGCAGGCAACCCUCUGAGAAAGGAACGGCAGCCAAGGCAGCCGCCGCAGCCUCCAAGGAAUCCCCCGCAGCCUCCUCCUCCAAGGAACCGGCCAGGAAGAAACGAAAGGUGGCCAAUAGCCCUGAACUCGAACCCCCCGCAGCAUCCUCCUCCUCCGAGGACUCGGCAGGCAGGCAACCCUCUGAGAAAGGAACGGCAGCCAAGGCAGCCGCCGCAGCCUCCAAGGAAUCCCCCGCAGCCUCCUCCUCCAAGGACUCGGCCAGGAAGAAACGAAAGGCAGCCCAGAAAAGCCACAAAUUGAGUUUCGACGGGUACAUCGACUUGCUUGCUGCAAAAAUUGAAGAAGGGAACAAAACAAAAGGGAAUAAGGACCAGAGGAGAGGUGCUGACGGCAAAUUUGGCAAUAAAAAUUUAUUGGACUGUUCCUGGAGGACCUGGUUGAAAAGCAUGUUUACAGAAUAUCCAGGUGUGCUGUGCAAGUGCUCUUGUAAUCAUCGACCUUUGACUAGCGCACAAGCCUUAAUAAAACACAUAGAGAGAAAUCACUAUAUCAAUAAUGUGGUAUCAUUUGGUGAGGAGGACCUGGAAUUCACACCACCACAGUUUUAGCUCACCCCCCCCCCCCCCCCCCCAAGUUUAAAUAAGUUGUUGAAUCAACUUUGGAAAUUCACCCCAAAUUCAAAUUUGGAAAUUCACCCUUGUCUAGUGGGUUCAACUAUAUUUUGUAUGCUCUACCUAUAGUAACCAUAUAUCUUGAUUUCCCAGAAACUUGUUGACGCUGCAAUUGCACUUCAUAUAAAUACAUGUUUUGGCAUUCUAUGUUAUUUGUAAAUGCUGUUUGUCCUUAUAUUUUGAUAUAUCCAGUUACUUUGUUUCUACUGUUUCGCAAGUAUCUUGGCAAUAAUAUCUCUUACUACUGUAUAUUUUGUAUGAGAGUCAAACUGUAGAACUAUGUGGGUUGAAGAAUAUCUCUUACUACUGUAUAUUUUGUAUGAGAGUCAAACUGUAGAACUAUGUGGGUUGAAGAAUAAAAGUGUGCACUCAAUCAAAUAUUGUUUUUAGGCCAAUACUUUGUAAGAUAUACCAAGUGCACUUGUAAUCCUCGACCUUUAGCUAGCGCACAAGCCUUAAUAAAACACAUAGAGAGAAAUGACUAUAUCAAUAAUGUGGUAUCAUUUGGUGAGGAGGACCUGG